AUGAAAUCUUCAAACAAAUUUUUGAAUGUAAAAAAGGAAGACUCCUACUUGGCCAAGUUUACACAUGGAACCAUCAUAUUCGCAGAUAAUUUAUUUAAAAAGAUUGCAAAGCCUUUCACCCAUGGAGGUUGGUCAGCUUUGGAGGAGUAUGCUGAUGAUGACAAUGUGGAGGCCAUCUCUUUCUGUUCGGAGGUGUUACCUUUUUACUAUAAAUCAGAGUUGAUUCAUAUGGGUGAUGUUUUCAACAUCCGCUUUGGCCACGCCUGUAUUUUCUACAAGAACGACAUAUACAUAUAUGGGGGAAACCAACUGAGCGAAUCCUUCAACUCCAGGCUGGUUAAGUUCAACACGGAGACACAAAUUUUCAGCUUCGUGGAAGAGCGUACGCCCCCGCAGAGCCGGUACUACGCAACGCUGGAUUUGGUUCAUUCCAGCGCCCUGAGCGAACAGUGCCUGUUCUUGUUUGGAGGCAAGCGGGGAAGCUACAUCACCAACGACACCUAUAUGUUUAAUUUAAGUAACAACACUUGGGAGCAUAUAAAGGUCCAAUUUUCUCCUCCCCCCGUAUUUGGACAUGUAUCUUUUAAAUACAAAAAUAUUAUCUUCAUCCAUGGAGGGAGCAUGGGGAAUCUAAAGAUGAACAAUGAUAUUUGGUGCUAUUUUGAAGAGGAAAAAAAAUGGAUGAAAAUUAUGAGCAAGGAGGAGUAUUACAAGAAGUUGGUUCAUAAACCCAGUGGCAGAUUUUUCCAUUCGUGUUCUCUGUGUAUAUCUAACCAGGGGAACGACGUCAGGGCGUUCAUCUUCGGAGGGCUCAAUGCAAACAACAAGUGCGUUCAGGACAUCUUCUGGUGUUACGCCUUAAGUAACGGGAAGUGGACCCCAAUUGAAAAUUCCCUGGGAAAAAUCCCCGUGGCACGAUUUGGACACAGCUCCACCGUCCUGAACGACAGAUGGUUCCUCCUCUGCGGGGGGUACAACUUCUGCUGGUACUCCAAGUCGGAACUUCUGGACAUUCACGCGUAUGAUAUAAACUUAAACACCUGGUCAUCCCUGAACGUGUACGGCACGCCUCUGGUCACGCACCACUUCUAUGGAAAAAUCAUCCAAAUGGACGGGAGCGGAUACUUCUUCAUCUUCGGGGGGCUGUGCAACAACGAAGCGUCCAGAAGGAUUUACAAAUUCGCACCGCUCCUCGCCUCGCCGUAUUUCAAACUCCUGCGAGACAAGAUAGACGAAAUGGAAAGGAAGGUCCUUCACUUGGAAAAGAACCCACUGCAGUUACUGAACCCAUCUUAUGGAAGAGAUAUAAACGAAAUAAAAGGCACCCUCAGUGGAAUCUCCUUCACUCUUGCAAGGUACAUACAACUGGCUAGCGACAUAAAUGAAAAAAUAAAAAUUUCAAACAUACUUGCCCAAAAUAACUAUUCACAACUGUCCCACAAAUUUGAACAGUACAAUAACCACUAUGACUCUCUCGUGAAGAGAAUUGAUCAGUUGGAUAGUACGCUCUCCGAUUCGGAUUUCGAUGUCAGGGGGGAAAAUGAGAACAACUUGCGAAAGAGUAGCUCCAGUUUUACUCUAUCCAGUGAGCCUAGCGUUGACCCAGCUGGAACGACCAAUAUGUUGUGA